GGCGGAGGAGGAGGGGGAGGCGGCGGCGGCUGCAGCAUCCAGAGCUGGCCGUGGCUGCCGGCGCGCCCCGCGCACAAAGGCGCCCAGCCCCAGGGGAGGGCGAUGAACACACCACAUCCCGGGCCCGGGCCCCAGCUGCUGCUUCCGCUGCGUGCGCUCAGGACGCUGGGGAAGACGGCCGGCGCGCCCGGGGCCGGCGGCCGAGGCGCGGCCCGUGCGCCCUGAGCGCGGGACUCGUCGCCCUCCGGGUCAGGCGCCAAGCUUCCAAGCGGCUAAAGCGCGGGCCUUGGAGCGCCCCCAGGAUCGCCUCAGUAAGGCGCUUCCCCACUCCAGGCCCGACCCCCGGCGCCUGAGCUCCAACUUCGCGAAGAACGCUCCUAACUCCAGGCCAUCCUGCAGCGCAGAGGGGGCGCUGCUGCCGGGCAUCAGCCGUGAGGACGCGCCCCUGGCCGUGGGGAGAGAGCGGGCAUUCGCGGGUCGCUCGGGCGCCCCUGAGUGGGCAGCGGCGGCGGCAGCAGACUCCUCUCCCGGGAGUCCAGGACCUGCCAGCGCUGGGGAUUCUUCCCGAAGAGGCGCUUGCCCUCUCGUUUAUGGAGCUUGGGCCCCUGCCACAGCCCGGUAGAGGCUGUGGAGGUCUACCGUCCGGAAGCCUGGUUCCCAGCCCCGUGGCCCAUUCCUGGCUACGGGCAGUGGAGGCUCCCACGAGGUAGCGGUGGCCUGCAGCGGCCCCCUCCCGGCAGUGAAGCAUGGGCCAGAAGCUCUCGGGGAGCCUCAAGUCGGUGGAGGUGCGAGAGCCGGCGCUGCGGCCGGCCAAGCGGGAGCUGCGGGGUGCAGAGCCCGGGCGGCCGGCGCGGCUGGACCAGCUGUUGGACAUGCCAGCGGCAGGGCUAGCUGUGCAGCUGCGGCAUGCGUGGAACCCCGAGGACCGCUCGCUCAACGUCUUCGUCAAGGAUGACGACCGGCUCACCUUCCACCGGCACCCCGUGGCCCAGAGCACCGACGGCAUCCGCGGCAAGGUGGGCCACGCCCGCGGCCUGCACGCCUGGCAGAUCAACUGGCCAGCUCGGCAGCGCGGCACCCACGCUGUAGUUGGUGUGGCCACGGCCCGUGCUCCCCUGCACUCCGUGGGCUACACGGCGCUGGUGGGCAGUGACGCCGAGUCGUGGGGCUGGGACCUGGGCCGCAGCCGCCUCUACCACGACGGCAAGAACCGGCCCGGCGUGGCCUACCCAGCCUUCCUGGGGCCCGACGAGGCCUUUGCGCUGCCCGACUCGCUGCUCGUGGUGCUGGACAUGGAUGAAGGCACACUCAGCUUCAUCGUGGACGGCCAGUACCUGGGGGUGGCCUUCCGAGGUCUCAAGGGCAAGAAGCUGUACCCGGUGGUGAGUGCCGUGUGGGGCCACUGCGAAGUCACCAUGCGCUACAUCAACGGCCUUGACCAUGAGGGACUGAGAGUAACACCCCAGAAAAGAGUAACAUUUCUCCAGAAAAGAAGUCAAGGACGAGAUUUUACUCAAGCAAAAUUUACAUUUACUGGAGCACGGGAAGGGGACAUUUGAUGGUUUCCAAGGGUGGCAGGCUAACGGAAAAGUGGCUGGUAAGCUCAGCGCUCUGGUAUAAUUGUCGACGUUCUUGCUCUUAUUUUAUUUCCAUGAUCAUUGCCUACAAUUGCCAUUGAAUGGCAAAAUGUUGUUCCAUUUUCUCUGUUUAAUGGGUUAAAUCUAGGAACUGAUGAUUAUGUCCCUGAGAAGGGCAAAUUUAGUCAUCAUGGUGCCUUGUGGAAAGUGUCUGGAGCCUUCUGAGACAUAGUGACCAGGCAAAUCCCAGUGGUGAGAAAACCAACAGAAACAACAAACAAUCUUUAUUUAAUGGAAUUGGAAAAUUUAUUUGCUGGAAUUAAUCACUGGACUAGAAGAGUGGCCUCGGUGUACCAAGGCUCUGGAGUCUGAUGUGACUUAUUUCCAAGUGUUCAGUGGUUUUGUGUCUUUGGUGAGUCACUCUUACUCCUUAAGACUCAUUUUACUCAUCUGUAAAAUGGGAUAGUAUCAGGUCCCCUUUUUGCUGCUGUAAGCUCUUGUGUGGUAGCACCAAUAAUAUGGUAGCUGAGAUUUAAGGCCUGACAUUGACACCCAGUGGGAGCUAUCAGAGCCAACGGUUAUACUCCUGCUGUAGGCUUCCUCUUGGCUAUUAAUUCACACUUGGGUUUUAUUGGGUGCCUGGUUUUCAGGUACAAAGCCAAGGUGCUAACAGGGUUCCAGCCCGUGGGGCUAUGCAUGUUGGGAUCAGGAGCAAGGACCUACCUCAGGGAGGUUGGGUGGGGAAGGGCAGUUGUGUUUGGGGUAUUUUAAGCUUAUGGGUCCUUCAGGUGGUUGAAAAAGUUUGGUGGAACUAAAAUGUGAAGUGUUCUAUCUUCUUCCUUACUGGUAGUGAUUUUUCAGGUUGGCUGAAUCUGGAAUAUUGAAUCUAGGAGGCAAGAGAGGCCAGAUGUCAUGGGAUGCAAGCCUGGGGCAUCUUCCGUCCAGUGAUAGGGUUGGCUUAUCUGCUAUGGCACUAGUGUGUUCUCUAGAUAGGGGUAAUGUUCUCUCUGUCAGACAGGAGUGUGAUUGCAGAAAAGGGAAGCUCAGCUUCUCUGGUUUUGAAAGGUCUAUUCAUGGCCAGCCUGGGACAAUCUCCAGAGCGGGCCGUAGGAGAAGCUGCAGUGGAGUCUUGCAGGGAUAGUUGGGAAGGGACGAUGUGAUGCCUAUAGCCUGUGUCCUGGGCUGAAGUCUCCCAUGAAUCCCCGGGUUUGGGACUACUUUGGCUCUAGGGAGUCCCUGAGCAGGGAAGGUGACCCAAGGUGGAUUCUGUGGAUGGAAAGGAUUCUGAGUUAAUGUCAGUUGUGGACAUGGUGGCAGGUCCCCAAACUCAGACAUGAUUGGGGUGUGAGGGACCAGAGUCAAAGACAUGCUUGGAAGCAAAAGGCAGGCCAGCUCUCUGGAGUUGCUUCCCCACAGGAUUAUAGGAGAGAACUCUGCCCGGGGCCCCUCACAGAGCCGGGUCAGACCCGGGCCCCAGCACUCAACAAAUGGCUGUUGGCGAUUGCUUCCGCCUUCUGAACCUCAGUGUUCUCCUUUGAAAAAGGACGAGGGGCCGGGCGCGGUGGCUCAAGCCUGUAAUCCCAGCACUUUGGGAGGC